GAUCUUGCUACAAUGGGCGCCUGCUAGAAUCAAUGCUUAGCGCAGGAAUUCGGGUUUCGAGACGGGUUGGGCAAUACAGUGCGCUGCGGCUAUUGGUCCGUUCACAUCAGCCGCCCCGCAGCCGCCGUCGCGAAUUAUCGGCAAGCCACCGUGCCAGUCCCAGACAGUGAUGGAGAGAGACGGGCGGCCGGGGCCGAGCCUCCAGGGGCGGGUCCAGCAUUGUUCGAUGACCCUUUUGCCGUAAUCGCGGAUGCGGCGAGCCAAGCCGAAAAAGCCGAGCGAGACAUGAAGCACCCGGUUCCCAAAGGCGUCUUUGAACCGCGGCGAGAUUUCAGAGAUGAGGAGCACGAGUUCCCGCUUCUAGAGCUCCCGACGGACCCUGCCAAAUUGAAGGCCCUGCCCACGGGCUUUCACGACAUGACGGAGGUGGAGCAGCAGGAAGAACUAUGGAUCGUGCAUGCAGAAGAUCAUAUGGGCCGCGAGUGGCAGCUGCCAGACCCGGGCAAGCACAAGCCUUACAACCACAACUACCCGCCCUACUCGCCUUCCAAGGUUCUUGGGAUAUUGUAUCGUUUUCGCUUACGACGAUGGACAACUCGGGAAUUCCAGCUCGCUCGAGCGAUUGCCGGCAACAGGAACCUUCGUCUGUCCGUGCUGACAGCGCAGGCCUUCCUCCGCCGCCACACGCUCUUGGCCCGUCGGCGCGGCGUGGAGCUCCAGAUGGAGCGCUAUCUGGGCAGCACUCAGGAGUGGAAGCUGCGGCUAGCUGAGCUGGAAAGAAAAACUGGCAUUACCGAGGCCGACAUCAAGCAGUGGCUUUGGAUUCUUGCUCCGGGGAACGGAGACUUGAAGCUCCACCGAUUCUUCAAGAGCAACUGUCGCAAGCCCCUGUUUCUUCUCCACGUGCUCGUGGCGAAGGACAAGAGAAUCCAGGAGCCUGCCAUGUUCCUCAGGCUUCUGGACUACAUAAGAGAGAACUAUGUGCUGGCCGACCGACCACAGGACGAGCUGGCCCAUCCGAGGUACAAGCGCCAGGGGCGCGCCAUGUCGUGGCGGCACUUUCUCAUCUUUCUCUACCGGCUUGUCUGGCAUUGUCGGGAGACAUGGCCGGUCGCAAUGCCGUUGUUGGCUCGAUUGACUGCCGAUUACAUCGAGAAAAUGCCGCUGGAGUGCAACGCCCGGGUAUUGACGGGCUACCAGGCCCGAUCCCUUGUUCUGAACAAGGCGCUGCAGUACUUUUCCUGGCCAGCACGGGUGCGUCCUGUCGAUCACAUGGAGCACAACUGGGCGGCACAGCGGCACCUUCUGCGGCUCGCCGCGAUGGCAGAGCCCCCGCUCGUGAUGGACCAGAAUGGUUAUCGCGCCGUCAGGGCGGUCCUGAUUGCGCUGAGCAAGACCAAGGGCGAGGCGAGAAACGCGGAACGGGCCGCCAAGACGUGGCCGCCGUACCGGCGGACAUUGGAUGGGAUCGACGAGCGCCGCGAUCCCGAGGAUGACCUCAGCCGGAGCGUCAAGGCGGGCAUACUGGUCCGCGCAGCGGGCUACAACGACGACAUCGUCGAUCGGGCUCUCAGUGCUCUGGGCGGAUCGACGUUCGGACAGGCGCCGACGAUCCAGACCCGAUCCCUGCCUCCGCCGUUUUUCUCGGGCCGUCUGUCCAGCCAGAACAUGUACUCUGAAUGGGCCUCCCAAGUCAAGGCGACGCGCAAUGCCAGAGAAGCUUGGAUGGUGUUCCAGAACCCCCCGGAACCGGGUAUCCGACCUGACGCUCAGGUCUACGGCGAAAUGUUCGAGAAGCUCUACGCCCGGCCGGUGACGGAGUCGCCCGUGAUUCGGCCGGGAGACGUCAAAGAGGUGUUUCCUGUGUACGACGGCAACCUGAGCGAGUUUGAGAUCGCCAGGCUCACCCCGCCAAGCCCCGACGAAUUAUACGAUCUCAUGCUUAUGCGCGACAAGGUCAAGCCAUCUGGCCAUUGCCUUGUGGUCCUCGUCAAGAACGCUCGAUCCAAGAUGGAGGCGCUGCGCUACUUGAGCGAUAGCCCACACGAGCCUUACAUACAAGCCUUUCGGCAAUCCGUGCCGAACCUGGACGGCACGAGCCUGGACAAGUUAUCCCACCUUCCGCCGCCAGUCUUCAACGCCUGGAUCGCCAUGCUAUGUCGCCUUCACAAGAGGGCGCCUCGGGAAGCGAGCGGCAGAGCCGAGGAGAUAUCCCACGGCGGCUCGAUUUUGGAGGCGAUCGCUCUCACGAAGUCCUUCCAGGCUCGCGACACAAAGGCUGCCUGGCGCGACAAAAUGCCGUGGCACACCAUCAUGCAGGCCCUGGCGGGGCGGAAGAUGCUGUACAGCCGCCUGGGGCCCGAGUUCAAUGUCUUCACGACGCUGAAGGUCUUCUUGCAGGUGUAUGAGCAGACCACGUCGUCCAAGGGCAUGGAUCCCGUGUCGUUCGAAGCGCUGUGCAUCAUGAUCCGAAAGACGUUGAAGUUGGCUACGUUUGAGAGGACACCCGACGGCAACAUGGUCCCCCGUCGGUCCAUAGUCGGCAGCGGCCUGCUUGAGAAGCUGCUUGUGAAGGCACACCGACACGCUAUGAAGUCGUUUGCCUAUCUCGUUGCGCCCGUCCCUGUCGUCCCCGGGUGGGACGAAGCUCUUGGGCUGGACCCCGGCCGUAGCGUGGGGGAGCGAGACGACGGAGUGCCGCCGGAGAUGCUCCGAUACAACGUGGUCGGGCGGCCGCUCCACAGGUACAUGCUGGCGCUGGCAUGCUGCGGCAACCACAACGAGAUGGUGCGGGUGAUGGACUGGCUGUUCGACGGGUGGGACCUGGAGCACAUACGCGAAGAGGCAAAGGCGACGCACAGCCUCGACUACCACUACACGAUGCGCACGAUCGCCUACUUUGCCGAGAUGGGCAGGGAGCUGGUCGACCCGGCCGAGAUGGCGCGGCUGAAGCAGCGGCUCGAGGACCUGCGCUUGCACAAGGGCUGCACGUGGUUCUGGCCGCCGGAGGACGACGGGCAGUCGCAGGCAGACUUCUCGAUGGCUGUCUCGGCGGCAUGGCCCUUUGCCGGCCAGGGCCUUGACGAAGGUUUGCCCCUUCCGGAUUACUCACUUUCUGUCGACGGCCAUUACCAUGAAGGAGCGGCGGAGCGGCCCAUCCUUCAUCCUCUCCUGCCAGUUUUCGACUCCUGGCCCGUGACGGACCAUGCGGAUGAUGCUGUUGAAGCGCAAGGGAUCGCUGCCAAAUCGGAAUUUGUCGAGUUCGAACUAGACGCCUUCUGCUUUUACAUCGAUAACUCCAUCUACCCAUGCGAGAUGCGGCCACUUCAGCACAUGGCCACCCGCUUUGGACAUGAUCAGUUCUACUUCGACGGCGUGCUCAGCAUUGGCGGAGUCAAGCACUAUGUGCAGAAAAUCCGAGUCGCGGAAUUACCCAUCGGCAACUACGGGACUUCCAACGCGACGGUCCAGGGUCAGAUCUGGGUUCGGUCAGAGCUCAACAAAAAGAGGGAGAUCUACUACCGCCUCACGAAGCCCAGCAGCGAGUACGCCAGGUUUUACACCCCUUUUCUGUGGGUGGCUGAUCUGGCAAAGCACAUCGUGGACUACUCAGCCGCCAUGCUCGAGCGAGGCCGCCAGGUUGGACUUGGCUCGUUCGAGUCCGACUUCAUCCGCUGGCUGUCCGAGACCCAUGGCGAAGCCAGUCAAUUCCGGCAUUGGCGGCGGAAACAUCCAAGCGAUGACUAUCUUGGCGACACGAUCUCGACCCCUCGUGACGGAGAGACGACAACCGACACGAAGUGGCGCAGUAUGGUGUCCAAAGGUGCGGUCGAGGACAACAGAUGGUUCGGGCUCGUACAGAAGGUGCACGUUGCCGGCAAUGGCUCUCGCAGCUUCGACGUCAUUUGGUUCUACCGGCCAGUCGAAACACCAUGCUGUAUGAUGAAAUACCCCUGGCCGAACGAGCUCUUCCUUUCCGACCACUGCACUUGCGAGGAUGGAGCGCAAGUACGAGUGAAGGAGCACGAAGUGCUGGGUAUACAUAACAUCGACUGGUUCGGCGGCCCCAACACAGGUGCCGGAGAGUUCUUUGUGCGCCAGACCUACAUGGUCGAGGGCCGCCGUUGGGUCACUCUGAAAAACUCACACAAAACAUGCUCGCACGACCGGCAGCGGCUUGGCUUUCGAACUGGCGACACUGUCCUUGCAGCGCUGGCGGAUUCCGCGGCCUUCUCCGAGCCGUAUGAGGUGGUGAAAAUCUUUAGGCAGGGUGCUAUCACGUUCGUGCGGCUUCGGCGACUGCUGCGCCGGCGGCAGAUCGACCCCCGGUCAGGUGCGGCGCCGAACGAGCUUGUGUAUACCGAUCAGCUGGUUGUGGCCAAGGCCGCUAAGGUUAUCGGCCGCUGUCUUGUCCGCUUCUUCCGGCCGGGAGAUACCAUCCCAACACCAUAUGAUAGAGGAGGCGCAGGCAACGCCUUCUUCAUCACUCACGAACUCAAGGAGCAAGACGAUGGGGGCGAACCGAGAUGUGUCCCUUUCGAGGGUGAGUUCCCGACAUCCUUGCGGCAGGGAUUUGACCCGACCCGUCAGACGUUCCGCAAGCUCAGGGGGAUGGAUCUGUUCUGCGGCAGCGGCAACUUUGGUCGCGGACUCGAGGAAGGUGGCGCGGUCGAGAUGAGGUGGGCAAACGAUAUCUGGGACACGGCCAUCCACACCUACAUGGCCAACACGCCCAAUCCGAGCUCCACGCAUCCGUUUCUGGGAUCGGUCGACGACCUGUUGAGGCUGGCCCUCGAAGGGAAGUAUGCGGAUAACGUGCCCCGCCCGGGGGAGGUCGACUUCAUCUCGGCCGGCAGCCCGUGCCCAGGUUUCUCUUUGCUGACGCCGGACAAGACCAAGCUGGUUCAGAUCAAGAACCAGUCUCUGGUGGCUUCGUUUGCGUCGUUCGUGGAUUUCUACAGACCAAAAUAUGGGAUCCUGGAGAACGUGAUAACCAUCGUGCAGGCGCGUCACAACAGGUCCGAGGACGUUCUGUCGCAGCUCUUUUGCGCCAUCGUCGGGCUGGGAUACCAGGCCCAACUGAUCCUCGGAGACGCCUGGUCCUAUGGGGCACCCCAGGGCCGUAGCCGCGUCUUCUUCUACUUCGCGGCCCCGGGUUUGCGGCUGCCGGAGUCGCCGACCCCCUCGCACUCGCACUUCCCAGGCGUCAAAGCCCGCGGGCUCGGGGAGAUGUGCAACGGAGAGCCCUUCGUCAGCCGCUCCUUCGCGCCCACGCCAUUCAAGUACGUCAGCGCGGCCGAAGGCAUGGCGGACCUCCCGUACAUCGGCGACGGCAAGGCGGAGCCGGCGAUCGCGGUUCCGGACCACCGCGUGUGCACGGGCAUAACGCCGGCGCUCCGCGCUCAGAUCGCCGCCAUCCCGACCCACCCGCACGGCAUGAACUUUGUCAAGACCUGCAACGCCGGCGUCAUGACGCCCGGCGACCGCGCGCUGUUCCCGGCCGGCGGCUUCCGCGUCUCGCAGCGGUCCCACGGCUGGGGCCGGGUCAAGCCUUCCGACGUCCUCAGCACGGUCACGACGCGCAGCCAGCCGACCGACGCGCGGGCCGGCACGGGCCUGCACUGGCACGAGGACCGGCCGCUGACGGUGCAGGAAGUCAGGCGGGCGCAGGGGUUCCCCGAUCAUGAGGUGCUGCUCGGCAGGGUGGCGGACCAGUGGAAGCUGGUGGGGAACAGCGUGGCCAGGCAGAUGGCGCUGGCGCUGGGGCUGAAGUUCCGCGAGGCGUGGGCUGGGAGCCUUGUCGAGGGUGGUGGCGGCAGCAGCAGGAUGGAGUCAAGGGAGAUGUCGGAGACGAAGCUGAACGGCGGCAGCAGCAUCCGCCGCCGCAGCACGCCGCGCGAAACGACGACGGACGGUGUGCCAGCAGCCCGCCAUCAGCAGGCGACAUCACUCGUCGACCUGACCUCAGAGCCUGACCAAGAGGCCGCACAGCGUCCGGGUCCCGAUACCUCCCGCCAGUUUGUUGACCUCACCGGAGCGUCGCGAUCAGCCAGCCCCGACUUCAUUGAGACAGGAUCCAGGAGCAGGACAACGCCGGCAUCGGCCGCUUACGAGCCGGCCAAAACCGGAGGGGCGAGAAAGCGGCUCAUGUCUCAGUCUCUGGGCCCCGAGGCAGAGGAUAUGCGCUCACCCAAGGCCUUGCGGUUGGGUCACGUGGAGUCGGCCCCGGCCCCGGCCCCGGCCCCGGCCCCGACCCCGACGCCAGUCCCGGAGACGUCGAGGCAUAGUUCCGGCCCCGCCCCGAUACACAUCGCUGAGGCGGAGGCCCCUUCGGCACCAGAUCGAGCUUUAGACGGGGAGGCUACGCCGGCCAGGACCGGCCCGACUAUUGUCCGGCUUGACUGGCCGGAUGAGAUGGAAGGCGAUCGGCUGACUGUGGAGGACGGUGAGGGAUCGGAUUGGAUCCGCCAGUAG